GGCCUGCUACAAAGCCAGAUUUUGGACAAUUGUUUGGUUUUUUACCGUUGGUAUGGUCUCGAAUAUAGGCAUUACUGCUGGUGCUCAUCGAUUAUGGGCUCAUAAAGCUUAUAAAGCAAAAUGGCCAAUAAAGCUUAUUCUCAUGAUUUUUCAGAGCGUUGCUUACCAAGAUUCAAUUUUUCAUUGGGCCAGGGAUCACAGAGUGCACCACAGAUAUACCGACACCAAUGCGGAUCCAUAUAGUGCGCAUCGAGGAUUCUUCUUCUCGCAUGUAGGCUGGCUUCUAGUGCGGAAGCAUCCGGACGUAAUAAGUGCUAAGAUUGAUUUAACCGAUCUUAAACAAGAUCCUUUCGUAAUGUUCCAAAAAAGAUGGUACGCUUUGUUGAUGCCGCUUUGCUGCUUUAUCAUACCAUCAUUAGUACCUUAUUGGGCAUUUGGUGAGUCUUUGUGGUGCGCGUAACACCUCGCAAUCUGCAAAUAUUGCAUAAAUCUACAUGUUACUUGGCUGGUGAAUUCUGCCGCUCACAUGUGGGGUUACAAACCUUACAAUAAAUUAAUCACUCCUGCGGAAAAUGCUAUAGUUUCUCUACUAGCGUUUGGCGAAGGCUGACACAAUUAUCAUCAUGUUUUUCCUUGGGACUACAAAGCGGCAGAAUUAGGAAAUUAUUCGCUCAAUAUUACCACAGCUUUUAUCGACUUCUUCGCCUAUUUGGGUUUAGCUUAUGAUCUAAAAACUGCAUCUGACGAUAUGAUAAAAAAACGCGUUGUUCGAAAUAGCAAACUAGAUUAGUGAGAAAUCAUCAGUAUGAUGGAAGAAAUAAUUUUUAAAUUUUUAACUUAGGCAAUUUGAUAUAGAUAAAUCUUAUGCGACAUUUUGCUAGUUAAAUACAUGCGAUCCAAACAUU